GAAUGAGAUAUAAAGGAACCGAGCUUGGAGGACAGGCUGAGAUUCCCCCAGCCAAGGAUUCUCUGUGAAGAAAUAACCAGAAGAGCUACACAAUGACAGACUCCCAGAUGGCUGAAUUUGGGGAGGCUGCCCCGUACCUCCGGAAGUCAGAGAAGGAGCGUCUAGAGGCCCAGACUCGGCCUUUUGACAUCCGCACUGAAUGCUUCGUCCCUGAUGACAAAGAGGAAUUUGUCAAGGCCAAGAUUGUGUCACGGGAGGGAGGCAAGGUCACCGCCGAGACAGAGAAUGGCAAGACGGUGACAGUGAAGGAGGACCAGGUGAUGCAACAGAACCCUCCCAAGUUUGACAAGAUCGAGGACAUGGCCAUGCUGACCUUUCUGCACGAGCCUGCAGUGCUGUACAACCUCAAGGAGCGCUACGCGGCCUGGAUGAUCUAUACCUACUCAGGCCUCUUCUGUGUCACCGUCAACCCUUACAAGUGGCUGCCAGUGUACAACGCUGAUGUGGUGACAGCCUACAGGGGCAAGAAGAGGAGUGAAGCCCCACCCCACAUCUUCUCCAUCUCUGACAACGCCUAUCAGUACAUGCUGACGGAUCGGGAGAACCAGUCCAUCCUCAUUACCGGAGAAUCCGGAGCAGGGAAGACUGUGAACACAAAGCGUGUCAUCCAGUACUUUGCCAGCAUUGCAGCUAUCGGUGACCGUGGCAAGAAGGACAAUCCCAAUGCAAACAAGGGCACCCUGGAGGACCAGAUCAUCCAGGCUAACCCCGCCCUGGAGGCCUUUGGCAACGCCAAAACCGUCCGGAAUGACAACUCCUCCCGCUUUGGAAAAUUCAUUAGGAUCCACUUUGGAGCCACCGGAAAGCUGGCUUCUGCAGACAUAGAGACCUAUCUGCUGGAGAAGUCUCGGGUGAUCUUCCAGCUAAAGGCUGAGAGGAACUACCACAUCUUCUAUCAGAUCCUGUCCAACAAGAAGCCAGAGCUGCUGGACAUGCUGCUGCUCACCAACAAUCCCUACGACUACGCCUUUGUGUCUCAGGGAGAGGUGUCUGUAGCCUCCAUCGAUGACUCCGAAGAGCUCAUGGCCACUGAUAGUGCCUUUGAUGUGCUUGGCUUCACUCAAGAGGAGAAAGCUGGUGUCUACAAGCUGACUGGCGCCAUCAUGCACUAUGGGAACAUGAAGUUCAAGCAGAAGCAGCGGGAGGAACAGGCAGAACCAGAUGGCACCGAAGAUGCUGACAAGUCUGCCUAUCUCAUGGGGCUGAACUCUGCCGACCUGCUCAAGGGGUUGUGCCACCCUCGUGUGAAGGUGGGCAAUGAAUACGUCACCAAGGGGCAGAGUGUGCAGCAGGUGUACUACUCCAUUGGAGCGCUGGCCAAGUCAGUGUAUGAGAAAAUGUUCAACUGGAUGGUGACACGCAUCAAUGCCACCCUGGAGACCAAGCAGCCACGCCAGUACUUCAUAGGGGUCCUUGACAUCGCUGGCUUUGAGAUCUUCGAUUUCAACAGCUUUGAGCAGCUCUGCAUCAACUUCACCAACGAGAAGCUGCAACAGUUCUUCAACCACCACAUGUUCGUGCUGGAGCAGGAGGAGUACAAGAAGGAGGGCAUCGAGUGGGAGUUCAUUGACUUUGGCAUGGACCUGCAGGCCUGCAUUGACCUCAUCGAGAAGCCCAUGGGCAUCAUGUCCAUCCUGGAGGAGGAGUGCAUGUUCCCCAAGGCCACUGACAUGACCUUCAAGGCCAAGCUGUAUGACAACCACCUGGGCAAGUCCAACAACUUCCAGAAACCACGCAACAUCAAGGGGAAACAGGAGGCUCACUUCUCCCUGAUCCACUAUGCUGGUACCGUAGACUACAACAUCUUGGGCUGGCUGGAAAAAAACAAGGACCCACUCAAUGAGACAGUGGUGGGCCUGUACCAGAAGUCCUCCCUCAAGCUCAUGGCCACACUCUUCUCCUCCUAUGCUUCUGCCGAUGCUGGAGAUAGUGGUAAAGGCAAAGGAGGCAAGAAAAAAGGCUCAUCCUUCCAGACAGUGUCUGCACUCCACCGGGAAAAUCUGAAUAAGCUGAUGACUAACCUGAGGACCACCCAUCCUCACUUUGUGCGCUGCAUCAUCCCCAAUGAGCGAAAGGCUCCAGGGGUGAUGGACAAUCCCUUGGUCAUGCACCAGCUGCGCUGCAACGGUGUGCUGGAGGGCAUCCGCAUCUGCAGGAAGGGCUUCCCCAACCGCAUCCUCUACGGGGACUUCCGGCAGAGGUAUCGGAUCCUGAACCCCGCAGCCAUUCCUGAGGGGCAGUUCAUUGACAGCAGGAAAGGGGCUGAGAAGCUGCUAGGCUCCCUGGACAUUGACCACAAUCAGUACAAGUUUGGCCAUACCAAGGUGUUCUUCAAGGCGGGGCUGCUGGGGUUGCUGGAGGAGAUGAGAGAUGAGCGGCUGAGCCGCAUCAUCACACGCAUCCAAGCGCAGUCCCGGGGCCAGCUCAUGCGCAUCGAGUUCAAGAAGAUGGUGGAGCGCAGGGAUGCCCUGCUGGUAAUCCAGUGGAACAUUCGAGCCUUCAUGGGUGUCAAAAAUUGGCCAUGGAUGAAGCUCUACUUCAAGAUCAAGCCACUGCUGAAGAGCGCAGAAACAGAGAAGGAGAUGGCCAAUAUGAAGGAGGAGUUCGGGCGCAUCAAAGACUCACUGGAGAAGUCCGAGGCUCGCCGCAAGGAGCUGGAGGAGAAGAUGGUGUCGCUGCUGCAGGAGAAGAAUGACCUGCAGCUCCAAGUGCAGGCGGAACAAGACAACCUUAAUGAUGCAGAGGAGCGCUGUGACCAGCUGAUCAAGAACAAGAUCCAGCUGGAGGCCAAGGUGAAGGAGAUGAAUGAGAGGCUGGAGGAUGAGGAGGAGAUGAAUGCCGAGCUCACCGCCAAGAAGCGAAAGCUGGAAGAUGAAUGCUCAGAGCUCAAGAAGGACAUUGAUGACCUGGAGCUGACACUGGCCAAGGUGGAAAAGGAGAAGCACGCAACAGAGAACAAGGUGAAGAACCUGACGGAGGAGAUGGCUGGGCUGGAUGAGAUCAUUCUGGAGGGAUCCCUGGAGCAAGAGAAGAAGGUACGCAUGGACCUGGAGCGGGCAAAGCGGAAGUUGGAGGGUGACCUAAAGCUGACUCAGGAGAGCAUCAUGGACCUGGAGAAUGACAAGCAGCAGCUGGAAGAAAAGCUCAAGAAGAAAGAGUUUGACAUUAAUCAGCAGAACAGUAAGAUUGAGGAUGAGCAAGCACUGGCUCUUCAGCUACAGAAGAAACUGAAGGAAAACCAGGCGCGCAUCGAGGAGCUGGAGGAGGAGCUGGAGGCUGAGCGUGCUGCCCGCGCCAAGGUGGAGAAGCUGCGCUCAGACCUGACCCGAGAACUGGAGGAGAUCAGCGAGCGGCUGGAGGAGGCCGGCGGUGCCACGUCCGUGCAGAUCGAGAUGAACAAGAAGCGCGAGGCCGAGUUCCAGAAGAUGCGGCGCGACCUGGAGGAGGCCACGCUGCAGCACGAGGCCACUGCCGCGACGCUGCGCAAGAAGCACGCAGACAGCGUGGCCGAGCUGAGCGAGCAGAUCGACAACCUGCAGCGGGUGAAGCAGAAGCUGGAGAAGGAGAAGAGCGAGUUCAAGCUGGAGCUGGACGAUGUCACCUCCAACAUGGAGCAGAUCAUCAAGGCCAAGGCAAACCUAGAGAAAGUGUCUCGGACCCUGGAGGACCAGGCCAAUGAGUAUCGCAUGAAGCUGGACGAGGCGCAGCGCUCCCUCAGUGACUUCACCACUCAGCGAGCCAAACUACAGACGGAAAAUGGAGAGUUGGCCCGGCAACUAGAAGAAAAAGAGGCGCUGAUCUCCCAACUGACCCGAGGCAAGCUUUCCUACAACCAGCAGCUAGAGGAUCUCAAGAGGCAGCUAGAGGAAGAGGGCAAGGCCAAGAACGCCCUGGCACAUGCACUGCAGUCGGCCCGGCAUGACUGUGACCUGCUGCGGGAGCAAUAUGAGGAAGAGAUGGAGGCCAAGGCCGAGCUGCAGCGUGUGCUGUCCAAGGCCAACUCGGAGGUGGCCCAGUGGAGGACCAAGUAUGAGACGGAUGCCAUCCAACGCACUGAGGAGCUGGAGGAGGCCAAGAAGAAGCUGGCCCAGCGGCUACAGGAUGCCGAGGAGGCUGUGGAGGCCGUCAACGCCAAGUGCUCCUCGCUGGAGAAGACCAAGCACCGGCUACAGAAUGAGAUCGAGGACCUCAUGGUGGAUGUGGAGCGCUCCAACGCUGCCGCAGCAGCCCUGGACAAGAAGCAGAGGAACUUCGACAAGAUCCUGGCUGAGUGGAAGCAGAAGUAUGAGGAGUCACAGUCAGAGCUGGAGUCGUCCCAGAAGGAGGCGCGCUCCCUGAGCACCGAACUGUUCAAGCUCAAGAACGCAUAUGAGGAGUCACUGGAGCACCUGGAGACCUUCAAGCGGGAGAACAAGAACCUGCAGGAGGAGAUCUCAGACCUGACUGAGCAGUUGGGAGAAGGAGGAAAGAAUGUGCACGAGCUGGAGAAGAUCCGCAAGCAGCUGGAGGUGGAGAAGUUGGAGCUGCAGUCGGCCCUUGAGGAGGCUGAGGCCUCCCUGGAGCAUGAAGAGGGCAAGAUCCUCCGCGCCCAGCUGGAGUUCAACCAGAUUAAAGCAGACAUGGAGCGGAAGCUGGCCGAGAAGGACGAGGAGAUGGAGCAGGCCAAGCGCAACCACCUGCGCGUGGUGGACUCACUGCAGACCUCACUGGACGCAGAGACACGCAGCCGCAAUGAGGCGCUGCGGGUGAAGAAGAAGAUGGAGGGCGACCUCAAUGAGAUGGAGAUCCAGCUCAGCCAUGCCAACCGCUUGGCUGCAGAGGCCCAGAAGCAAGUCAAGAGCCUCCAAAGCUUGCUGAAGGACACCCAGAUCCAGCUGGAUGAUGCGGUCCGGGCCAACGAUGACCUGAAGGAGAACAUCGCCAUCGUGGAGCGGCGCAAUAACUUGCUGCAGGCUGAGCUGGAGGAGCUGCGUGCUGUGGUGGAGCAGACAGAGAGGUCUCGGAAGCUGGCCGAGCAGGAGCUCAUUGAGACCAGUGAGCGGGUGCAGCUGCUGCACUCCCAGAACACCAGCCUCAUCAACCAGAAGAAGAAGAUGGAGUCCGACCUCUCCCAGCUCCAGACUGAAGUGGAGGAAGCAGUGCAGGAGUGCAGGAAUGCUGAGGAGAAGGCCAAGAAGGCCAUCACGGAUGCCGCCAUGAUGGCCGAGGAGCUGAAGAAGGAGCAGGACACAAGCGCCCACCUGGAGCGCAUGAAGAAGAACAUGGAGCAGACCAUCAAGGACCUGCAGCACCGUCUGGACGAGGCUGAGCAGAUCGCCCUCAAGGGCGGCAAGAAGCAGCUGCAGAAGCUGGAGGCGCGAGUGCGGGAGCUGGAGAAUGAGCUGGAGGCAGAGCAGAAGCGCAAUGCGGAAUCGGUCAAGGGCAUGAGGAAGAGCGAGCGUCGCAUCAAGGAGCUCACCUACCAGACAGAGGAGGACAAGAAGAACCUGCUGCGGCUGCAGGACCUGGUGGACAAGCUGCAGCUGAAGGUCAAGGCCUACAAGCGCCAAGCUGAGGAGGCGGAGGAGCAGGCCAACACCAACCUGUCCAAGUUCCGAAAGGUGCAGCACGAGCUGGAUGAGGCAGAGGAGCGGGCAGACAUUGCCGAGUCCCAGGUCAACAAGCUUCGGGCCAAGAGCCGUGACAUUGGCACCAAGCAAAAAAUGCACGAUGAAGAGUGACAGUGUCUGCGGAACCUUGUUGGGGAAAACCCACAAUAAACAUAAGCACCUGGCCCUGCC